GGGUUCGAAUCCCUUCUAGCACAGUUGGCGUUAAGGAGAUGGUACUCGAAUUGUUAAGCAUAUUAGAGGAUGCUAAUUCGCAGCAAGACCACCUGGAUCGAGCAGCUGCGUACAUACAUAAGCUAAGAGAAAGGAUUGAAAGGCUGAAGCAGAAGCAGGAAUUAGGGAGGAUGCAUAAUAUGGCUGAAAGGGAUAUGGAUAUGGAGAGGGUUGAUUCAGCAAAAUUAGGGUUAAAGUUGCCUGUAGUUGAAGUGAGGCAUCAGGAGCAGAGUCUGGAGGUUCUUCUCAUCAGUGGCUUGAAGAAGAAAUUUUCACUGUCUGAGGUCAUUUGUAUCUUGGAGGAAGAGGGAGCUGAUGUGGUUAAUGCUAGCUUCUCUGUUGUGGGAAACAAGAUCAUCCACACUAUUCACUGUCAGGCUAUUUCGUCUAGAAUUGGGUUGGAGGCUUCGAUGGUGUCUCACAGGCUGCAACAAUUAAUUAGAUGAUCAAUUUAAAGCUUGCUUCUGCUUGUAUUUGUGAUAUUAGUUAGGAGGACACGUAGAAGAUGGAAUAGAAUGUAAUGUUAUAUUCUCUACCCUACAAUGAAGCAAUACACAUUUUCAUU